AUGUCUGAGCAGGCCUUCACCUUCCUCCCCUUGGGAGCUAUCAUCCAAGAGUUUAAGAUCAAUGGGCGCAACAUUGUGCAGGGAUUCAACACUGCCGAGCAAUACAAAAAGUACAACGGUCCAUUUUUUGGUGAGACAAUCGGCCGUGUUGCGAACCGGAUUUCCAACGCCAAGAUCAAUGCCUUGAAUGGGAAGUCGUACCCCUUGGCAGCAAAUAAUGGCCCCAACGCUCUCCACGGUGGGGUUAACGGGUGGGGAAAGCGGGAGUGGGAAGGGCCCUUGAACGUGGAGCGCAAGGGAAAGCAAGCUGUUCUCUUCAAAUAUCUCAGCGUGGACGGGGAGGAAGGCUACCCUGGGACGGUCGAGGUGCGGGUCUGGUAUGUGCAAGAGAAGGAAAACGGCAAGGAGGUUUUACAUAUCGAAUUCGAAGCAGAGCUGGUUGGGGACGAGGUCGAGGAGACCGCCGUCAACAUCACCAACCACAGCUACUUCAUUCUCAGCGAUGCCCCAACUAUUGCAGGCACAGAAGUGACUCUCAUCACCAACAUGUACCAAGUAGUCGAUGCUGGAGGCAUUCCUACCGGGCCCAUUGCGGAGUAUCCCGGAGUGACGCCUUCCCAACCCUUCACUCUUGGAGAGAAGGAACCGGAUAUCGACGACUGCUUCAUCGUCAACACGGACUCUCCCAGCAUUCCCAUCGACACGAGGAACUCGCCGCUUAACAAGGUCGCCUCUUUCUACCACCCUGACACUAAGAUCCAUCUCGAAAUCGAGACUACCGAACCAGCGUUCCAGUUCUACACGGGCAAGUACAUUGACGUGCCUGCUGUUGACGGAUUGCCCGCUCGACGCGCUCGUUCCGGGUUCUGCGUGGAGCCGAGUCGCUACGUGAAUGCGAUCAAUAUCCCCGAGUAUAAGUCGCAGGUCGUGUUGAAGAGGGGGCAGAAGUAUGGCUCCAGGAUUGUGUAUCGUGGGUGGCAGGAUUAG